AUGCCGCCCGAGCCGCCCGAGCCGCCCGAGCCGCCCGAGCCGCCCGAGCCGCCCGAGCCGCCCGAGCCACCCGAGCCGCCCGAGCCGCCCGAGCCGCAGCGCCACCUCAGCCGCCCGAGCCACCGGGUCGCCGAGCCGCCGGGUCGCCGAGCCGCCGAGCUGCAGUUGCUGCUGAGCAGCCGUACCGCUGAGCCGCCAAGCCGCCGAGCCGCCCGAGUCGCCCGAGCAGCCGAGCCGCCCGAGUCGCCCGAGCCGCCGAGCCACAGUUGCUGUAGUGCCGCCAUGCCGCCAACUCGCCGAGUCGCCGAGUCGUCGAGCCUCCUCUUCCCACCACUGGUGAGCCCCUGCCUUACUAGCGCGCUGCCUACUGCUUGCUUGGCUGCCUGCCUUACUACUGCUACUCCUGCUCCUGCUUCUACUGGCGGCGGCCAGAUGCAGCUCCAACGACGCCCACGCGCGUCUCUUACGCCCCGGCAGCUUCGUGAGUGGUACGCUCAGAGUGGAGGGUCUCUCAGUUUUGUUCGCUGCUCUUACGUGAUUGGCACUGGUGCUCGGACUGGUCAGCCUUGUGGGACGCCUAGUCACACACCGUCCCGCUGCUUUGCCCGUCUGAGCGAUGCCUGGCGUACCGCGUUUGGCGACGAGGCUGAGCUCCCCGACUGGGUGGAGUUGCUUAGGCAGAGGGUAGAUAUAUUUGCUCUUGACUAUGAUGCUAUUCUCACUGCCAUGUAUGCAUUGCCUACUAGUGCUGACCGUGCCGGUCACCUGUGCGUACCGCCUGACCCGGGUAUAGAUCCUGCUGCUCUAGCUGCUGGUGCGGCUGCUGCUCUGGGUGCUAGUGUGUCUCCUGCUCCAGGUACAGGUGCGGCUGCUGCUCUAGGUGCUAGUGAGUCUGCUUCAUCAGUUGCGGGUGAGUCUGCUCUCUCAGGUACCGCGUCGGCUCCGGCCUCUCACACCUUCACCCUUGACUCGGGGGCUUCCCGCUCCUUCUUUCGAGACUGCACCACACUCACGCCGCUUGGUCGGCCAGCUGCAGUCUCUCUGGCAGACCCCUCUGGGGGCCCUGUCCUUGCUCACUUCUCCACUGUCCUCCCGUGUCCGGCGGCCCCCUCUGGCACCCUUUCUGGUCUUUACCUCCCCUCGUUCUCUACAAACUUGGUGAGUGGUGCUGACCUGCAGGAUGCGGGGGUUCACCAGUUCACUCCUGCGAGUCAACGGGUGACCCACUGCACAGACGCUCGGACAGGCCGGCACCUGGUGACGUUUACUCGUCGGCCGGGGUCGAGCCUGUACACACUGACCAUUGCGUCUCCUCCAGUUGCUGAGCCUAGUAGGGUAGCUGCGUCGGGUCAGGUGUUUGCUGCAGCGUCCAGAGGCAUGGCCUCUCGUCUUCUUGUUUCUGGUCUCCCCCGGUCCCUCCCUCCCCUUCCUCAGGGCCUUGGCCCUACCUGUGUCCCCUGUGUCGAGGGGCGCAAGCGUGCUGCCCCUCACUCCUCCCAGUUUCCUCCGACAGAGGCCCCGUUGCAGACGCUUCAUAUGGACGUGUGGGGUCCAGCCCGCGUCCGUGGACAGGGUCACGAGCGCUACUUCCUGCUAGUUGUUGACGACUACUCGCGUUACUCCGUAGUCUUCCCCUUGCGCAGCAAGGAUGAUGUUACUGAGACCUUCACGCUUCCGGACUCUCCGCAGCAAAAUGGGAUUGCUGAGUGCCGCAUUGGCAUGGUCAAGGACGUCGCUCGUACGUCUAUGAUGCAUGCGGCUGCCCCCUAUUUUCUGUGGCCGUUUGCGGUCAGGUACGCGGCGCAUCAGAUCAACCUUCACCCCAGGGUCUCCAGGCCGGAGACCUCCCCAGCCUUGCUGUGGACGGGGAAGGUUGGCGAUGCGUCGGCGUUCCGGGUCUGGGGAUCUCGGGCGUUUGUCCGCGACUUGUCUGCGGACAAGCUGUCCCCUCGUGCUGCUCCUUGCGUCUUCCUGGGGUUCCCCCCUGACGCGCCUGGGUGGCAGUUCUACCACCCCACCUCUCGUCGUGUUCCGUCCUCCCAGGACGUCACGUUUGACAAGUCGGUCCCCUACUACCGCCUCUUCCCCUACCGCACUCCGUCCCUCCCCCCGCCCCCGCUCUUCCUUGUACCAGACGCAGUCGAGCCUGUCGAGGUCACUGGUGACUCUGGUGCUGCUGAGGGUGCUGAGCCUGGGGGUGCUGUGCCUGGGGGUGCUGAGCCUGGGGGUGCUCCGCCUCGGGGUGCUUUGCCUGGGGGUGCCGGGCCUGGGGGUGCUGAGUCUGGAGGUGCUCCGCCUGGAGGUUCUCCGGGUGCUUCGUCUCGCCGGGUGCCACUCUCUCCACAGGAGCUACGCGAGUGGUUUGCCCGGCGCUGGAGCCGUGCAGCUGAUGCUAGAGGUUCUUCGGCUACUGGGGGUGCUGAGCCUAGGGGUGCUGAGCCUAGGGGUGCUGAGCCUGGGCAUGCUACGCCUGGGGGUGCUAAGCCUGGGGGUGCUGAGCCUGGGGGUGCUGAGCCUGGGGGUGCUGAGCCUGGAGGUACUCCCCCUGGAGGUUCUCCGGGUGCUACGUCUCGCCGGGAGCCACUCUCUCCACAGGAGUUGCGCGAGUGGUUUGCUCGGCGCUGGAGCCGUGCUGCUGGUGCUGGAGGUUCGUCGGCUACUGAGGGUGCUACUGUCGCGGGUCCCGGAGGUGCUUGUCCUGGGAGUACUGGAGCUGUUGGGACUGCAGGUUCGACUGGAGCUAGUGCUGCUGAGGGUGUUGGCGCUGAGACUACCACUAGCGGUCCUGCUGCGGGUGCUCCUGUUGCUGCUGGAGGUUCUGGAGCUCCUGGAGGUGCUGCUGGAGCGGGUGCUCCUACUAGAGGUGCUGCUGAGGGUGUUGGCGCUGAGACUACCGCUGGCGGUCCUGCUGGGGGUGCUCCUAGUGCUGCUGGAGGUUCUGGAGCUACUGGUGGUGCUGCUGGAGCGGGUGCUCCUGCUGAGGGUUCUGGUGCUGUCCCUGCUGCUUCUGGCGUCGCCACGCGGCCUCGAUCGUACUUCGUUCCACUCCUGGAGCAGGUUCUUGGUCUUCCACCUUCUACUGGUCCUCCUCCUCCCUUAGAGUGUCCACAGCCUGUCCCGUCCCAUCUACAGUUGCAGCCUAAGUCCCCUUUGCCUGCUCCUUCUCCCUACACUGGUCCUACUGGAGGUCUGGCUGAGCGUCGUGAGCCUGCGUCACGCCCUGCGUCGCGUGUCCGUGCUACUCGCACUAGUGGUCGCUGUUCACGUCAGCGUCCUCCUCCUGUCCCUGGCACGCACCGGAUGUCUCUGCGUCCGUCCACUGCUCCUCUGCGUGCCUCUUUGCCUUCUCCUCCUGAGUCCUCUCUUCCUGCUCUUGCCGACCCGGAGUCAGACUCUCUUCGUGCUGCCAAUCCUACUGUCACGCGUCUCCUUGCUACUGUUGUCACUGACCCUUCUUUUGAGUCCACUGCUGCGUCUGCCCUAGUUGCUGAGCUCGUCGACUUUGCUGCUCACUGUCGCCUAGACUACGCUGCUAGUCUUGUCGCUGAGUCUGAGUCUGUCUGUCCUCCGUCCGUCGGGGGUGAGUGUGCUCUUGGCACGGACGUCCUUGAGGACAGGCAGGAGGAGUUCCAAUGUCAGGCAGCUGCUUCACCUCAUCUCGUGUCCGUACUGCUUACCCCUGAGGGAGAUCUGGAUGCACUUGACAUCCCGACUCCGCGCUCUUACGCGGAGGCGAUAGAGGGUCCCUACUCCUCUCAGUGGCAGGCAGCUAUGGAUGCAGAGAUGGCUUCCUGGAAGUCCACAGGCACCUACCUUGACGCUGUCCCCCCUCCUGGGGCGAACAUCGUCAGUGGCAUGUGGAUCUUCAGGGUGAAGCGGCCGCCGCGUUCUCCGCCUGUCUUCAAGGCGCGUUACGUGGCUCGUGGCUUCAGUCAGCGGCAGGGAGUUGACUACUUCCAGACCUUCUCCCCCACCCCGAAGAUGACCACUCUUCGGGUACUGCUGCACGUUGCUGCUCACCGUGACUACGAGCUGCACUCUCUUGACUUCAGCACAGCUUUCUUGCAGGGCAGCCUGCACGAGGAGAUCUGGCUGCGUCGCCCACCUGGCUUCACUGGGUCUUUCCCUCCUGGUAACCAGUGGAGUCUCCGUCGUCUAGUCUACGGUCUCUGCCAGGCGCCACGUGAGUGGCACGACACACUGAGGACUACGCUUGCGGCUCUUGGGUUUGCUCCUUCUACUACCACCCGUCGCUGUUUCUGCGCACCGACACCUCUGUGCCGCCGUUCUACAUCCUCGUGUACGUCGACGACUUGGUCUUUGCCACAGCUGACACUGCUGGACUCGCCUACGUGA